AUGUCAACAAAAGCCCAGACAUUAAAAGACCUGAUUAAUACUGUGAUGUGUGAUGUUAAAGUCAAAAGGCUCCUAGUUACACGUAAGCAUAGAUUACAACAACGUAGGAGAACACUUGCCAACAUAACAAACUAUGAAUACAGAUAUGAACAAGCAGCAAGCAGAGCGGUGAAAUUCCUCCUCUUCCUUAAAAACACCUUUGUCCCAGAGAUAAAAGAAUCUCUAUAUAUUACACACAACGCCUCGCCUUACCUCACUAUGAAAAUCAACAAGGAGGAUGUGGUUGAGUUUCUGACUGAAACCAAUAUCAUAGAGAGAGGACAGAGACAAGUAAUAGAUGGCUAUCUGAAACUUAUGUCUAUACCUGGGUUACAUAGAUCACUUAAACUGAGAACUUCUGGUCAUAUAACACAUAUUUCUUGUCUUAAUUCAGACCGGAUCUGGGUCAGUGUAAGGCACACUUAUCUUACUGUGUUAAUCUUGAUAAACACAAAAGGGGACAUUCUGCAUCAGCUGACAAGUAGAGGACUAAAAGCUAAUUAUAAAUGGUAUAGUAUAUACGGAGCGCACACAGUGAACAACAACGGUGAACUAAUAUAUAUAAACCGUAAUAAUGAAAUUUACAAAGUUUCUAUAGAUAAUAGAACAAAGUCUUCACUGAUAAAAGGAAUUGAUCUCUGGGAGCCACGUUGUAUCUAUUCCUCCCAACUUAAUGGAGAUCUACUGGUGAUGUUAUAUUAUAAAAUGACAGGCAAGGUUAACCGUUACGAUAACACAGGACAACACAUACAGACAAUACAACAUGGCAACGAUGGUCAGCAACUGUACAGGAAACCUAUAUACAUCACAGAGAACCGCAAUGGAGAUGUUGUUGUGUCUGACUUAGGUCGUGUAGUGGUGACAGAUGCUGGAGGGAGAUAUCUCUUCUCCUACACAGGACCUCCAUUUCAAUCACGACUAUAUCCACAUGGAAUCUGUACUGACGCACUUUCAAACAUCUUGGUGUGUGAUUUGUACUCCAACACAGUACAUAUGAUUGACAAAGAUGGUCACUUUCUGUCACACAUACUGACACAAGCGCAAGGAAUAAACACACCACAUAGCCUUAGUUAUGACAACAAAACUCAUCUCCUCUGGGUUAGUUCAUGGAUAGACAAAACUGUGUGUGUAUAUAGCUACAUAAACAGAAAGAGCUAUAAGACAGAUAAAUGCUAUUGA